AUGGCGAACGCCGCCGAAAAAGUUCCAGUUUACAACUUGGCGGACCUCAAGAACACGUCCAACGAUGCUAUUCCCAACUACCUCAACUCUCUCAAAUUCGAACAGUCGCAUACGCUGACUGAUGUUCGACUCGCUCUCGGCUUCAGUGCAUUCGGUAUCGCAGCCGCUUGUUUCGCUUGGGAUUACAAGCUAGGCCAUGAGACUACGAAACACUACACAGCUGCUGCUGUCGUGCUCUACACUCUGAUCAACACUGUCAUGACGCUAUGGAUCAUGUUCAAGGAGAAGGACACUAUUUAUGAAGGAACCUCGCCCUCCGGAGAGAAGAUCUCUAUUGCCAGCUCUACCAAGAAGAACGUCCCAAUCUACAACCUCGCCAUUACCGUCACCGACAAGAACUCCAAGUCCAAUGUGUACAAGGUUUCUAAGCCUUUCAGCGAGUGGUUCGACCAGACUGGCCAGUUUGUUGCCAUUCCCUUCCAAGCAAUGCUUGCCAAUGCCGUGCCUGUGAUAGGAAAGAGAGAUCCCAAGCGCGUUACUGUUUCUAAGGAACUUUUGGACGCUAGCCCUGAUGUCCUCGAUGCCAUCCUGGCCGCUAACGCGACUGGUGCUGAACCUGAGACCGCUGAUGCAGCAGGUAAGAAGGCAAAGCGACGCAAUGCUUAG